AUGGGAAAGUCGACUCCGGUGGGGUCAUCUCCAGACUCUGAGCUUGGGAUCAAAGUCCAACCGCGCAAGAGUGACCCACACCCGGUUGGCGGGCCCUACCCUUACCCACCCUACCCCCUCCCUUCAAGGAAAUGGUUCCCGUGGGUGGUCCCCACCAUUGUGACUGUCAAUAUCGUUGUCUUCAUCAUUGUCAUGUACGUCAACAAUUGCCCAGCCAACUCCGAAUCUGACAAUAAAUGCAUCGGUGAAUCGACUUUUGGCCGAUUUUCGUUCCAGAACACCCACGAGAACCCCUUGCUAGGUCCCUCUGCUGUCACGCUUCUUAAGAUAGGGGCAUUAGAAGUACAGAAAGUGGUGGAAGAGCACCAAGUUUGGAGGUUGGUGUCCUGCAUGUGGUUACAUGCUGGAGCAUUUCAUGUGUUGGCCAACAUGUUGAGUCUUCUAUUUGUUGGCAUUCGGCUCGAACAAGAGUUUGGAUUCGGUACGCAUUUUGAAUCAUUAUUGAGUCUUAUCCUCAUCAUUGUGAUAAAUAUGGCGGUGGGGAUUCUUCCCCAUGUUGACAACUUUGCCCACUUGGGAGGAUUUGUUACUGGAUUUCUACUUGGAUUUGUGCUCCUUAUACGCCCUCAAUUCGGAUGGGUCAGCAAAAGAUUAUCACCUGCCCCUUUUUCAACCUCCUCAAAAUCCAAGUACAAGCCAUAUCAAUAUGUCUUAUUGUUGGCAUCCCUACUAACAUUGGCCCUUGGAUUGACUGUUGGCUUUGUUUUGCUUCUUCGAGGUGUUGAUGGAAAUGACCAUUGUUCUUGGUGUCAUUACAUGAGUUGUGUGCCAACACCAUUAUGGACUUGUGAAGCACGAUGCACGGUAAGAGAUUUCCUCACUCAUUUACAUAUAUAUAUUCAUCGUAUUGUAUUUAAUUUUUAUGUUCUAACUAAUGAUAUUGAGCUCAAAUCAUGA